UUUUAUAGUUGCGGUUUGGAGCAGCUUCGAUUUACAUACAUGGUGUCGCCGUUUGCAGUAAAGUGACAUUACAUGUUAUUUUGUUCAGAUGAAUUAUAAGUCUGACAUAAAUCUAACUGUUUUGGAAUAUCAUGGAAGAUCCCAUAGAGGCCUUGCUUCAAGAGAAAAAUACAAUAAUCCGGAGCCAGAAUGAACCAAACCACCGCCUGACCUUACUUAUUACUGCAUCAGUGGCCACAGUAUAUGGAUUCUGGGCAAUGUUUGUAUUUCCUCGGCUCAAAACCAUUCCAUUGAAGUUAAAGGUGCCCUAUGUGCCAUCAAGUAAAGUACAGACAGAAAACGUGAUGAAACUUCUGAAAGGACGUAAGGGAAGCCUGGCAGAUCUUGGGUCAGGGGAUGGAAGACUGGUGUUUGCUGCAGCAUCCCUUGGAUUUCAAAGUACUGGUUUUGAGGUAAACCCUGUACUUCUGACUUAUGCACGAUUCCGAGCCCGGUGGAACAGAAUACCAAGCCAUAGAGUAAAUUUUGUCAACUCUAAUUUUUGGAAGGUAGACCUUUCACAGUAUGAUCAUCUGACAGUGUUUUUAGCACCACCUGUGGUCUUCAAAGAGAAGGUGUGGUACCAGCUGGAUAAUGAAGAAAGGGUUGCAAACCCACUUCUCAAGUAAAAUCUGAAAACAGGUGAAUAUGCUUCCCUUCAGAUAGUAACUUGGAAAAUUUCUUGUCUUCAUGACUUCACAAACUUGACAGCCAAUCCAAUCUAUAAACUGCAUAAUUAGUGGUCUAGGACUUUAUCACUAGGGGUGUAUAUCCUAUGGUAUUGUGUGGCUACUGAGGAAAGUCUCAUAGCCCAAGGAAAAAUAGCUGGCCACAGUUUUAUCAACAACAAUAUAGGAUCUCAUCCUCCCAAAUUUUCCUUGAUACCUAUAAAGUGAACCUUAUUUCUUCUGUUUCUGUCUUACUAUAAUAAUUUAGAUUGGCUUGUGGCUUGCCAUUCCAGAACCUGCCAAUUCUUUGGUAAUCUUUUUCUGUUGUUCUUUUACCUCCCAUACACCAUGGUGGACCACAUCCAGUUUUUAAAAGGAGUUUCUCAUGGCAGUAAAUUGAUUGACCUUUACCUUUUUAAUGUAAAGGCAUGGCAGAAAGCUCUCAUGUUAAAGUUACCCGUUUCCUCAUCCAGGAAUCACUGGUAUGGGGAGUUUUGUUUUUUUUUUUCCACAGGACCCCAGCUGACAUUAAAAAGGCUAGGUAGCCUGUACUGUAUUACACAAACCUGAAGACCUUACAUAUCACAGCUUAUCACUGCCACCAUUCCUGUUAAAUUACUUGUUGUUCCCCAUUGCCCCUUUUAUUUGUUUUAUGCAAUCUUUCUUGUGGCUUAAUCUAAAAGGGUUAUUAUGUAAAAUUGUGCCCUGCAGCAGUGCUGUCGUCUUUUUAAUUUUUCAUAUAGAAAGAGAUAUAUUUACAGUUUUUCUCAAUUGCUAAAACACUAAAACCCAUUGGCUUAAGAAAAUUCUCAGUUGCCUGGCCGCAUUUAGCUAAUUGUGCAGUCUGUUGUCAAUACCUUAAACCAUUUCACAUGGUAAAACACAAUAUGCAGAUCUUACUUAGACUUUUCAGCAAAACUCUAAACACAUUCUCAUUCUCAAGACACAUUCUACACUCUAAUGCACACGUCAUCCAUACUGGUAAACACAAGUAGCAACGCUCAAAUACAAUUAGAGAAAACAUGUCAUUGAUUAAACACAACCACUCAAAAUUGAUGUCGCCUGUUUCAAAUGAUGUGACACAACCAAUAUAAGCCAAUUCAGAGAGUAAACAGGUUGUUGAAGGUAGAAAGGAGAAAGUCUGAGCAUGGAUAGAAGAAACAAUGUGAGAGGACAAGUGCGUAUGCGAGGUGGGCGAUGAGGAGGAGGAGGAGGAGGAGGACGACAAGAAAGCGGAAGAGGGCGAGGAAGAGAAGGAGGGCGGCAAGGAAGAGGAAGAGGAAGACAAAGAGUGGAAAUAUCUGAUGAAAUUCGAGCAACAGUCCUAGUCCAUGUUCUUGUCCAUGGACUGACAAUGAGGGAAGCAGGACUAAGAGUACAACCCAAUUUGAGACGAUUUUCUGUGUCCACCAUAGUAAGGACGUUCAGAGAAGAGAACAGGUACAGUUGAUCACGUUUACUCCUUUUGAUUUUUGUCCCAUUUAGUAUUGUAUAAUGUAGUACAGUGCAUUGUAUGCUGUUUACUGUACAAUGAACAAAUUGUAUGGCCCAAAACAUUGAGAUUAAAAUUUGC